AUGACGAAUACUCGAUCGAAAAGCAGGAUGAAGAAGACGAUAGAUAAUCCGUUCGAUAAAUUACCAAGUGAAUUAUUCACGAAUAUUUUUAGCAAACUCCCUGUACAAAACAUCCUAAAAGCAAGAUGUGUUUGCAAAGAAUGGAACUCCAUUAUUACCCAUCAAGAUUUCACGUUACUUCGUCUUCAACUUCAACCUCGAAACCACUUCUUAAGCCGUCAAGUAGAGCAAGGAGCGUUACCCAUUCAUCGAACCGAUUCCUUAACUCAAGAUGAUCAGCUCAUUACACCACUAAUCUUCCAAGAUACUGUUGUUACCCGUGUUGCGAGCUAUGUUCAUGGAGUGUUACUAAUGUACACUACUAUUCCGAAACACGAAACCGACAACUCGGAUAUUAUACUGUGGAAUCCGUCUAUCCGAAAGAUGUUGGCAAUCCCUUGUUUUAUACCGGGAGGGUGGGAUUAUAGGGUCAAGUUUGGGUUCGGGUUCGAUUUCGUGAGUAGUACUUACAAGGUAGUAUCCUUAUGUCCCGUGAGAUUCUCGGAAAGAACAAAGGUUUUCAAUCUACAGAAUCGUUCUUGGUUAAACCCGAAACAGAGGAUAGCUCCAAGGCCUAUGAUUCAUUUUACAGUAUUCUCAAUGGCUAUGAAUUUUGACAACAAUAUUUAUUGGCUUGGAAGUAUUAAUAGUAGCAACACAACAAAAUUGACGCAUUUUCUGUGUUUCGAUCUUGAUAAAGAGGCUUUUACUAGCAUGAAAUGUCCUGAUAUCGAGGUCGUGGCCGAGGAGCGGUAUCUCAAGAGAUGCUCGGCAGUUUUGGAUAAUUCUUUGGCAGUUUUGGACUACUAUGAUACACCUAACGGACGACAUGGUAUUGUAUGGAAGGGAGUAAAGUCCGGUUCCAGUUCGGGUUUUUAUUGGACUAAACAAUUUAAAUUGGAUGUUACAAAUAAUGUUCCCCAAGGUUUUUCGCGUCAUAAGGUUGAGAUAUGGUUUCGUAACUCACCUAAGGGAUCGAUUUCGAACAACGACCUCGAAAAUCAUGAGGAUGAAUUGAGGGCGCUCUCUGGUGUUAAUUGGCUGAGGAUAAAGUUUCUUGAUAGGUAUGUGGAAAGUUUAGUACUCUUGCUUGAAGGAAAUGAUAUUUGAGUGAUCAAUCAAGUGAUUACAAAUUGGUAUUUGAAAGGUUCAACUCUAAGCUACUUUUCGUUAAUAAUGCUGUUUUCUUCUCAAUUAGGACUUCAUUUAGGAGCUUAUUAGUGCUUAUAUUCUUCGCUUUCAAUUGAUUUUUAGACAUUAUUUUUUUUUUCAUCUUUUUGGUACUCGUAGAGUUGUGUAAUUGUUGAAGAUAGCACAAAAUAAACAAGUGCUAAGUAGAUGGGUCGCUUCCAAUCAAUGUAUGGUUGAGUUGUUUGUAACAUUUUUUUUUUUAUCUCAUGUUCCCUAUUUUUUUCAUGAAUAUUGAUUGCAUACUCUGUCUUUUCAAUUAUUUAAUCGACUGAAUCUGAUUAUAUAUUUUUUAGAAAAAUAUGCGAAUAUGUCAUGUAUUUGGAAUGUAACUAAGUAAGUGUAGGGUGUAAUUGGUGAAUUGGUCGGGCAUUAAAUGUUAAGGCAAUAUAAAAGUUAGAUGUGAACAUAUUAGGCAAUGUGAAGCAAGGCGUCCGAAGUUCCGAA